AUGAACCGAAUUCCUGUUGCCGUGCGCAACGCACCGUUGUACGCGACAGCCAUGUCGCAGUUCGCCGUGUGCCGCCAGCCGUGGAGCGAGUACCUCAGCCUGCUGACCAAGGAUGACGCCAAGCCGUUUCACACAACGCCGCAGGAGAAGCCGGCGUACCGUGGUCGCAAGCGCGGACGUGAGGGGUGGCUGUUUGGCCAGCAAGUGCAGCUACACUACCAUCGCUUCCCCGAUGAACAACUCUUCACAAACUUAACGAGGUGGCGCAUGGGUGACACCGUCGGCGACGUUGCCAUCCAGCAGUUCCGCAAUGCCCAGCCGUUUGAUAUUGAGGACAAGGAUCCGCAAGGCUUUCAGAGACCUGCGCCGGACGUUUACAUGAAGCUCAACUACAAGAACCCAGCCACCAUCUCUCGGUUCCUGACACGCACCGGCCACAUGUACCCACAGGAUAUCAUGCCCCUCAACCCCGAGGCCGUUGCGAAGAUUCGCGUUGCCAAGGCGCAGGCGAUCCGCAUCGGUCUCUACCCUCGCUUUGGCAACCCCUUCUGGUUCCGCUCACAGAGCUUCCGCCCUAAGGCAUACCAGGAGAACUACGACCCAACCACCUACUCCACAAAGCACACCAUGGAGCACUUUGCGUACAACUGGGUGCAAACAGACCGGAUUCGGCAGUACUUCAAGGGACUGGAGGAACUACACCAGAGCCGCCGCACCACGGUCAGCUCCGGCGGUGGCGGCGUGACCAGCGAGCACAAGCAGCAGACUCAGCUCUACACCCUAGACAACAUGUCCAUUGAGAGGCACCGCAAUGCUCCGUCCUACAGGGCCGAUGUGGAGAGGUCCAUCAAGAACCCCACCGUGCCCGGAUUGAUGUCGACAAAGGGCAUGAAGAAGAAGUUCCAUAACCUGUACGCCUCCACCUCAACCAAGAGGAUGGGCUUCACAAACCCCACGCUGGGUAUUAAAAAGGUGUGA